GGGAGCCGGGCUGUUGCUAUCAAUAUGGCGGUUGUCAGCCAGACAAAGACAGUCAGUCUGGUGUGAUUGAGGCAAGGGAGGUUUUCAGGGGGAGACUGGGAGAUAAGGGCCUCCCCUCCCCCCUCGGCUCUUCCUGCGCGGGCCUGGAGCCCUCCUCAGCCCCUCCCGCAGGGCGCCCCGCGGUGAAGAUCCCCUCCCCCCCCUCCCGCCUUCCUCCUCCCUCCCUCAGCCUUGCGCUGGGACGCUGGGGAGGGGGCUGAACCCGGUGCAGAGAACUCGGCUGGGUUUCUGAGAAUGGUAAAUACGGCUGGCCAUCUCUGCAAAGGCCAUUGACCCACCUCAUGUAAAGUAUGCUCAGCUCCUUUCCAGUGGUUUUGCUGGAAACCAUGUCUCACUAUACAGAUGAACCCAGAUUUACCAUAGAACAGAUAGAUCUGCUCCAACGUCUUCGGCGUACUGGGAUGACCAAACAUGAAAUCCUCCAUGCAUUAGAAACUUUGGACCGUCUCGAUCAAGAGCAUAGUGAUAAGUUUGGGAGGAGGUCCAGCUACGGGGGAAGCUCCUAUGGGAACAGUACCAACAACGUUCCAGCCUCUUCCUCUACCGCCACAGCUUCCACGCAGACCCAGCACUCGGGAAUGUCGCCAUCACCCAGCAACAGUUACGACACCUCCCCACAGCCUUGCACUACCAAUCAAAAUGGGCGGGAGAACAAUGAUCGAUUGUCCACAUCCAAUGGGAAGGUGUCGCCAUCCCGCUACCAUGUAAACAGCAUGGGCCCGAGGUCAUAUAGCUUUGAAGCCUCAGAAGAGGACCUAGACGUAGAUGAUAAAGUGGAGGAAUUAAUGAGGAGGGACAGCAGUGUGAUAAAAGAGGAAAUCAAAGCCUUUCUUGCCAAUCGGAGGAUUUCCCAAGCAGUUGUUGCACAGGUAACAGGUAUCAGUCAGAGUCGGAUCUCUCAUUGGCUGUUACAGCAGGGAUCAGAUCUGAGUGAGCAGAAGAAAAGAGCAUUUUACCGAUGGUAUCAACUUGAGAAGACAAACCCAGGGGCUACGUUAAGCAUGAGGCCUGCCCCCAUUCCAGUAGAGGACCCUGAAUGGAGACAAACGCCUCCUCCGGUCUCCGCCACACCUGGGACCUUCCGACUCCGGCGAGGGAGCAGAUUUACCUGGAGAAAGGAGUGCCUGGCUGUCAUGGAAAGUUACUUCAAUGAGAACCAGUACCCAGAUGAAGCAAAGAGAGAAGAGAUUGCCAACGCUUGCAAUGCAGUCAUACAGAAGCCAGGCAAAAAGCUGUCUGACCUGGAACGAGUUACCUCUCUGAAAGUAUAUAAUUGGUUUGCUAAUCGGCGAAAGGAGAUCAAGAGGAGAGCCAAUAUCGAAGCAGCAAUCCUGGAGAGUCAUGGGAUUGAUGUACAGAGUCCAGGAGGCCAUUCCAACAGUGAUGACGUGGACGGCAACGACUACUCCGAGCAGGACACUUGGCAAGCACGCAAUGGGGAGGAGGAGGAGGGAAGAUGUUCAGAGGGAGGCAGAGAAGCAGAGAAGGAUGACAGCACGAGCCAUAGUGACCACCAAGAUCCCAUCUCAUUAGCUGUGGAGAUGGCAGCCGUCAACCACACUAUCUUGGCAUUGGCCCGGCAGGGAGCCAAUGAAAUCAAGACAGAGGCCCUGGAUGAUGACUGAUCAGGGAGGAUUAAACAGUUAACUUAGAUUAGACGUAGCACCUUAGCAGACUUUCCUCGGUCCUUACCAUGUGUUCUUACAGUAUAACUUACAGUUUCUUGUAUGUCAGGUAGCCGUUAGGGUCUUGUUCUGUGAAGAUGGCAUGGUGCCCUCAGCCUUUGCAUAUAUUCUCUCAGUAUUAAAAUCCCAGUAUGUAAGAACCAAACAAACAGACUUCCCUGUCCCAGGCCCCGAGGCUAAAACAAUCUCGCUGCUCCGUCUUAGCAUUCCAAGAAAGUGCUUCCAGGUAUGUAGACAACCCUCAGUUCUCCAAUGUUAGGCUCUGUGUAAAAUCCUGGGUACCUUUAGAUUCACGUAACACUAGGCUGUACCCCGUUCCUGCCCUAAGACUGAUAGGAUGCAAGCUGAGGUAGUGAUGCAGGACCAACCAACACCAUCCGGAUGUAUCCGCCGAGUGCAAGGAACACUAGAGCCCGCCUCAGC